AUGCUACCAACAACGGGCUCUGAAGAGGAAAAUGCUUGGGGCAUAAACUAUUUGUGGAGCCAGAUCUCGCCGCGCAGCUGGAGGAAAGGGUGGAUGGUUGUCUCCCAAACAGCCCCAGCCUGUGUCUGCUGCACCCUCUGGUUGGACACGCUCACUUCUACCUUCAAGAACAGCGCAAAAGGAAUGCUGGUCCAAGAUCUGAUGCCAUUCACUUUAAGUUUCUGGCCUGUUUUCUUCUGCCAUUGCCUCCUCUCACUCUUUUUACUCUCAUGCCAGGGAGAGCUCCAGAGGUCGUGCUCGCGGACUGUGGCGGAGAAAGUUAGUGAACAGUGCCAGUUGGCAUGCCACUGUCGGAGAUACCCUCCUCUGCCUCCGCCGCCGCCUCCACCGCCACCCCCACGGCUACUGGGCACCACAGCGACAGAGCCCAUGGUGCCAUUGUUGAGGCCCUGGUGGAUGGAGAUGGACAUUAUAGUCCUUGGGACGGUUGGCUGUGCAUCUGUUGUCUUCCUCCUAUCAGCCAUCAUCAUCUGCUACAAGGCUAUCAAAAGGAAACCGCUGCGGAAAGAGGAGAACGGGACGAGUCGUGGGGAGUAUGCCAUGAGCAUCCGUCACAAGAAAACCAUGGGCACAAACAACACUGUGGUGUAGAGCAAUCUAUCCUGGUCUGCACAGGAAAAGACUCACGACUCCAACUCGCCCUUAAUCCAACUGUCUCUUCUGACUAGAAUGCAACUUGUGUUCACCUGAGGUGUUUUUAUUUUGUUUUUAUUUUGUUUUUUAACUGCUCUCGCUGCUUUGCGAGGACUGGAGGCACCAUUCAGCUUCAAGGAGAGAAAUCAAAGCAGAAAGGACUGAAAGAUCCACAACUCCCCAUGGUGUGAGAAGUGGCACAGCAGACUGAACAUUAUGCUUUUAGUAAAAGCAAGUGUUGCUGACAGGCUGGUUGGCUGCAGGCUGGAGAGGGACUGUCUGCCAGUCUGCAGCAGAUCCAGACUUCACGCACUGUUGACAUCUGCAGUGGAACAGCGCCGCAGCCCCCCGCAGUCUCGCAGGCAUCCAGACAGGACGGCCCGUCGCCACACACCACUAAUAAAAUGCAUGCAGUUUUUAUAGAGAAUGCAUCGUUUUUUUUACAAUCCAUUCUCCACAUUGUCCAUCUUCCCCCCGCAAAUC